GCAGAUGCUCUGCCACUGAGCAACAAAGCUCCCCCAAGUUGUGUGAUUCCUCUACUGCUACUUCCCUUUCCUCUCUCCAAGAAGCAUUUGAAUCCAGGAGCCACAAGAGCUGCUUAUUGGUUCUUUCUUUGCCCUCCCUCCAAGCCGGAGGUUGAAAUGUUAUGUGCAGAUCCCAGUACACAGCAGAACAUUCUCUCUCUUGCAGGGGGGAAAUCCAACCAGACUUGCCCUGAUGUUUUUUUGAGAGCAACAUGCCCAGCUGGCUGGAUUGUCUAUGAAGGAAAGUGUUACUUUUUCUCAGAAGAAGAAAAAAACUGGACAUCUGCCCAGAGCUUUUGCAUAUCCCAGGGCUCUUCUCUGGCUGAGAUUCAGUGUGAGCAUGAAAAGGUGUUCAUGUUCCGGUUCAAGGGCGAAGCUGACCAUUGGAUUGGCCUUCAGAAGGACUUCAAUGAUACCUGGAUAUGGGCAGAUGGGUCAGAAUACAGUAACACGUUGGUGGUGAAAGGAAGCGAAAACUGUGCCUAUCUAAGCAAGAAGUUUGUCAUUCCCUCCCAUUGCAACAUACCAAAAAAGUGGAUCUGCAGUCACCCUGAUGCGUAUAUGAGGAACAAAAACUCUACAGCAGGAAAAGUCAUAUGCCAAGAGGAAUUAUGAUGACCAUAAGUAUACACAGGGCCUUCGCGUUGCUCUUGGAACUGCCUGCGCUGUGAUUUUCCUCCUCACUCUGGCUGUAGUAAGGCUGAAAGUUUUGGGUGAGUAACUGCAUGCUUAAUGUUGGUUUCCCCAAGAAUACCGUAUUUGCAAUCCUGUGCAAGUCAAGCCCCGUUGAACUUAGCAGCGUUUGCUCCCACGUGGGAAUAGGAUUGCAGCCUGAGAGUGUGAAUACAGAUAACGUUUCCUGGCACAGUCCAGUAAAAGUUGGCCAUCCUGGAGUCAUCCUGGAAGGCUUCUGUUACUCUGCUUUUUGUCAAAGGCACCUUAGCAGCUGGUGAAUAAAAAAUAGUGUGGGCAUUUCAAAAAAAUAUUUAUUUAUUUGAGAAAAGAUAAAUUAUGCAUCAAAUAAGCCCCAGUUCUGUGCUCUGAAUAAACUGUGGGGAAUUGUAUUUCUUAUUUUGCAACCCUAAUGGUUAGCCCUAUUUUCCACCUCUGUAUUUUAAUUAAAAUAAUGAACA